GUAAUGGAUCACACCUCUGCAGACUGAUCUUGCAUUAGACAUAUACAACCUCACCAGCUUCUACUGACACUUCAAUCCUUCUUCCAAGUGCCAAGCUAGAACCCUCAUAAGCGCCUCGUCCACAAAGACAUCAUGGCCGCUAGUUCUGCUCCAGCAGCUUCGUUGCUCAAGCGACAACUCAAAGAGAUGCAGGCUGGCAAGGAUAUUCCAGGCAUCUCAUGUGGCCUCGUAAACGAUAACAACAUCUUUGAGUGGGAGGUGAUGCUCAUGAUUAGCGACGACUGCAAAUACUACGGCGGAGGCAACUUCCGGGCUCGUCUAUCCUUUCCGUCGAGUUACCCUCACAUGCCACCUUCACUCACAUUUCAAGACCCCAUUCCUUUCCAUCCGAAUAUCUACGAAAACGGCAAGCUCUGCAUUUCUAUCCUCCAUCCUCCCGAGGAAGACGAGUAUGGUUACGAAGCAGCCUCUGAACGCUGGAGCCCUGUCCAGACACCCGAAACUAUUCUUCUCAGCACCAUCAGUCUUUUCCACAGCCCCAACGACGAGAGCCCUGCCAAUGUGGAGGCUGCACGUAUGUUCCGCGAGGAGAGGGAGGGCAAGAACAAGGACUUCCGAAGACGCUGCAGAAAGUGCGUGAGGGAGAGCUUGGGAGAGGAUUAGAUGCAGCUAUUCUCUAUAUAUGUGGCUAUCAUGGGAGUGCGAAGCAUAUGUGGGUUGGCGUUAGGUGGUUGGGAACGCCUUGCGAACGAUCACCAGCGUUCAAGUGGUGUCAUGGAGCCUUGGGCGUAUUUUAUAUCAGUGUUGAACCAUCAGUGAAAUAGUGACCCUUCUUAUCGUUGCACAGGAAAC